AUGUCUGAAAGAAUUUCUCUUGGAAAUACAGAAGACAAAUGCUUGAAACGCAAAAUGAUUGAAGAAUCAGAGAUAGAAUUGAGAAAGGAAUCAAAAAACAUAGCACCAACCUCUCAAGCUGAUUUCGAGAAGGGCAAAAUGGCUGAAUCUAAGGUAAUAACACCAUCGACUGAAUCUAAAGAUUUAUUGGCUCCAAGGCUUGACAUUAACACCAAGCCAACUUCCAAUCUGCUGGAGAAUGGUGAACGUUCAUGUUCAUCCGAAAAUGUUAUUGGUGAAAUUUUACCUAAGGAAGUGAAGGAAUAUCCCUGUCAAUUUUGUGACAAGAAGUUCACAAAUUUGCAAGCUCUUGGUGGUCACCAAAACGCUCAUAAGAGCGAACGUAACUCAAAAAAAACUAAACAACAAAGGACGGAGGAGACAAUCGUUUCCCCCCGAAGGUUUGAACUUACUUAUUCAAACCCUUAUCCUUAUUCACGUCCUAGUCGCUAUCAAGGGUCUUCCUAUUUUCAUGGCAACUUGCAACAACCAAUUGGCACUCCAAUUGGCACUCAUAUGGACAAUACCACGCCUUCUAGGCUUGGUUUUCCAUUCGGUAGCUACGGAGGAGGGGUGUAUAUGCCCAAUACACCCACCCCGCCACCUUCAUUUAUGAUGCCAAUGCCAAAGUCACCUCCUGCAAUACCACAAUUUAGGAUGAAUAAUUAUUUUGGUGGAAAUCAAACUCCUGUGCUGCCAAUUCCUCAAAGGCCAAACAUUGUGGAAUUGGAUUUUUUUCGUCAAGCGAAUCAAACUCAUUCAUCCGGUGAGGGUGCUGAAGGAAGUUCCAAUGCUCGAUUUCCUUCUCAUAAUCUUCCAAUAACACGUGAUUUUAUUGGAGAAAAUCAACCUCUAGUAGAGUCCAAUGUAUCUUCUUCAUCAACUGUGGAGGAAUUCGACUUAAAUCUCAAACUUUAA